CUCCUCUCUGCAUUCUCAAUUCGCAUCGUUACUAUCGCGACCUUCUCAUUCUUCGCACGCUCGUAGUUUACCCUUUGUGCUGUUAUCAUGGCGCAACAAACUCGUGGAGAAGCAGACAAGUACUACAAUAGCGCGCCGCCGGGGCCGCCUCCACAACAACACCAGAACGGUAAUCAACAGCAAUACCAGAUGGAACCUCCCCGGAACGGGGUUAAGUACGAGCAACAGCCUCCGUCGUACGGACAGAAUGAGCAGAACGGACAAAAUUACGGGCCAACUAGUGGAGAGAGUGGCUAUGGGGAGAAGCCGACCUUUGAGCAGGCUUUCACGAUCCAAGGGCCCAAGUACCACGAUAUCUGGGCAGGAGCACUGUUCCUAGCCGUAUUUCUAGGCUUCGCAGCCGUCUCGGGCAUUGCGAUCCAAGGAUAUGCCAAGACGAAAGGCUUUAAUGGCGGCGGAAUCUACAAUAGUAACAACGACUUCGGGCUCUCCACAAACACGAUUAUACUUUUUGCCUUUGUCCUGGCUGUUUCCGUCGUGUUCAGCUACGCAUACGUCUGGGCUGCGCGCGCUUUUACGAAGCAAUUCAUCUGGAUUACUGGGAUUCUCAACAUCCUUUUUGGCUUUGCGACGGCGAUUUACAUGCUAUCGAGGAAAUACUGGUCGGGAGGAAUUAUCUUUCUCCUCUUCUCGAUCUUCACGGUCAUUUGCUUCAUUUCCUGGAUUCCCCGGAUCCCGUUCUCUGUGUUGAUGCUUCAGACGAGCAUUGAUGUCUCGAAGAAGUUCGGCCAUGUAUACCUGGUAUCGCUCAUUGGAGGUAUUUUGGCUACCGCUUUUGGUGCUUGGUACUCGGUGACGCUGGUAGCCAUAUACGUCAAGUACGAGCCAGGAAACAACCCUGCUUGUUCGACGGGUGCUGGUGGAUGCAGUAGCGCGACGGUGAUUGGGCUGAUUGUUUUCGUCACCUUUGCGAUGUACUGGAUCUCGGAGUGGCUGAAGAAUACGGUCCACACUACUAUCGCGGGUGUGUAUGGCUCGUGGUACUUCUGUGCGCACAACUUCCCCAAGGGGGCAACUCGGGGUGCGCUGAAGCGUGCUACGACGUACAGCUUUGGUAGCAUCAGCUUCGGGAGCUUAUUAGUGGCUAUCGUCCAGUUUCUACGUCAAGCCUGCUCCGUCGCUCGGCAAAACGCUGCAGGCCAAGGCAGCAUGGUUGCCUCUGUACUUUUCUGCGUCUUGGGGUGUUUAAUCAGCAUUUUGGAAUGGGCAGUCCAAUUCCUAAAUCGCUAUGCUUUCUGCCACAUUGCGCUGUACGGCAAAUCAUACAUCGAGGCGGCGAAAGACACCUGGAAAAUGAUAAAAGACCGUGGAAUCGAUGCCCUUGUCAACGAGUGCCUCCUAGGCCCAGUGCUUACCAUGGGAGCAACCUUCAUCGCAUACGCAUGCGCGCUUCUGGCCUACUGUUACCUCAUUUUCACGUCGCCGGCGUACAACAAGGACGGAGAAUUCACGCCGGUCGUGGUGGCUUUCGCAUUCCUGAUCGGCCUGCAGAUUUGCAACAUUUUCACGACGCCCCUGAUGAGCGGGGUGGAGACGAUUUUCGUGGCGUGUGCGUGGGAUCCGGAGGUGCUUAUGAGAGACCACCAGGAGCUGUAUGGCAAGAUGGUGGCGGUGUACCCACAUGUUCAGCAGGCAAUCCAUGCGUAGGGUUGGAAAGCCGCGGUCCGGGGAAUUUGCGGGUUAGUGGGCGGACUAGACUGGGAUGCGUACUGUAUCGGAACGGAGCAAUAAUGUAAUAAAGUGUCUGCAAGACGAGCGGUACCUGAUGGGGAUGGCUGACACGUCCACAUCGGUCGGCUUCCGGUUCUCGGAUACCCUUCCGCACGGUAUAGAAGGCCGAUGCGAGGCUGGUGUUUGUUGCAUAUUUCAGCAUGAGGCUUGGACACGGCCCUUUCUACGGGUCUAUCCGCCGCCACGUUGUCAAGAGAACCACUCGACCGCGAUACAUGACGUCGGCGAGGAAGAGCACGAGAGC